AUGCUGGUGCACACUUACUCCGCCAUGGAGCGCCCCGACGGGCUGGGCGCAGCGGCUGGCGCGGCCCGCCUGUCGUCUCUGCCCCAGGCGGCCUAUGGGCCGGCGCCACCGCUCUGCCACACGCCAGCCGCCGCCGACUUCCAGCCGCCCUACUUCCCGCCUCCCUACCCGCAGCCGCCACUGCCCUACGGCCAGGCGCCCGACGCCGCUGCCGCCUUCCCCCACCUGGCCGGGGACCCGUACGGCGGCCUGGCGCCCCUGGCACAGCCGCAACCUCCACAGGCCGCCUGGGCUGCGCCCCGCGCCGCCGCCCGCACCCACGACGAGCCACCCGGCCUGCUGGCGCCGCCCGCCCGCGCCCUGGGCCUCGACCCGCGCCGCGACUACGCCGCCGCGGUGCCUCGGCUCCUGCACGGCCUGGCCGACGGCGCGCACGGCCUGGCAGACGCGCCCCUCGGCCUCCCUGGGCUGGCGGCGCCGCCCGGCCUAGACGACCUGCAGGCCAUGGAUGAGACGGGAAUGAGUCUUCUGGACCAGUCCGUGAUCAAGAAAGUCCCCAUCCCCUCCAAAGCCAGCAGCCUCUCGGCCCUCUCACUGGCCAAAGACAGCCUGGUUGGUGGCAUCACGAACCCCAGUGAGGUCUUCUGCUCCGUGCCAGGCCGGCUCUCGCUGCUCAGCUCAACGUCCAAGUACAAGGUGACCGUGGGGGAGGUCCAGCGGCGACUCUCACCUCCCGAGUGCCUCAAUGCUUCCCUGCUAGGCGGUGUCCUUCGCAGGGCCAAGUCCAAGAAUGGGGGCCGCUGUCUGCGGGAACGGCUGGAGAAGAUUGGGCUCAACCUGCCAGCUGGCCGUCGCAAGGCCGCCAAUGUGACACUUCUGACAUCGCUGGUGGAGGGAGAGGCCGUGCACCUGGCCCGAGACUUUGGCUACGUCUGCGAGACUGAGUUCCCAGCCAAGGCAGCCGCUGAGUACCUGUGCCGCCAGCAUGCAGACCCCGGGGAGCUUCACAGCCGCAAGAGCAUGCUGCUGGCCGCCAAGCAGAUCUGCAAGGAGUUUGCAGACUUGAUGGCUCAGGACCGCUCCCCGUUGGGCAACAGCCGCCCAGCACUCAUCCUGGAGCCUGGAGUACAGAGCUGCCUGACACACUUUAGUCUCCUCACCCAUGGCUUUGGUGGGCCCGCCAUCUGUGCUGCCCUUACUGCCUUCCAGAACUACUUGCUGGAGUCACUCAAGGGCCUGGACAAGAUGUUUCUAAGCGGUACGGGCAGUGGGCACGGUGACACCAAGGCUUCAGAGAAGGAUGCCAAGCACCGGAAGUAACUGUCUCCGCUACCUCAUCCCAAAGAGGUUGCCAAGGCCUGAAAUGAGGCCUUAGAUCCUGGGAGUGGGCCCGAAAGGAUUAAAAGGCAGAGCUUGUGUCAGGCCAGAAAGAGAACAUUUAU